UUUGGCAAUUCCAGAUAAGAUCAUACACCGAGACAUCGUGUAUACGCCUUGCAUGCACGUUGUGGGAAGGUCCCAUAUACACGUGCAUAUAAAAAUAGAGCUUCUCCUCCCUUCAUUUCUUUGUCCCUUGUGUGCAAGAACAUGGCACGUCCCUCGUUCUUGCUCGCAUUCGCACUCGUUCUCCUCGCCUCCGUCGCCUCUGCGAAAAUCGUCGAGCACACAUUCAAUGUGGGUAAUCUAACAGUCCAGCCACUGUGCGAACAACGAGUCAUCGUCGCCGUUAACGAACGACUUCCUGGCCCGAUCAUACACGUGCGUGAGGGCGACACGCUCAUCGUUCAUGUCUACAACGAGUCCCCAUACAACAUUACAAUCCACUGGCAUGGGAUAUUUCAGCUACUCAGCGGGUGGGCCGACGGACCGAGUUACGUGACUCAGUGUCCGAUUGUUCCAGGGAAUCAUUACACUUAUAAGUUCAACAUCACUGGGCAGGAAGGAACCCUUUGGUGGCACGGCCACGUGGCAUGGCUCCGCGCUACUGUCUAUGGGGCCCUGAUCAUCCGGCCCAGAGCCGGUCGAUCCUAUCCGUUCCCUAAACCCCAUAGGGAAUUCCCCAUCAUUCUAGGUGAAUGGUGGGACGCCAACGUGGUGGAUGUAGAGAAUCAGGCCCUACUCACUGGGGCCCCACCGAAUAACUCGAAUGCAUUCACCAUCAAUGGACGGCCCGGCGACCUCCUCCCUUGUGCCAAGAAACACACACACAAGCUGAAGGUGGUCUAUGGCAAUACCUACAUGUUGCGAAUCAUCAACGCUGCCCUCAAUAACCAGCUCUUCUUCAAGGUGGCCGGCCACGAUCUGACGGUCGUCGCCGUCGACGCCUCCUACACCGAACCCUACCUCACCGACGUCGUCGUCCUGGCUCCCGGCCAGACCACCGACGUCCUCCUCCUCGCCAACCGCCCGCUGGGCCGUUACUACAUUGCGGCCCACCCGUACGUCAGCGUUCCUGCUUCAGUACCGUUCCCGUUCGAUAACACAACCACCACCGCGAUCCUCCAAUACAUGAACGCCACGUCAUCGGGCCCACCCCAGAUGCCAGCCCUACCAGAAUUCCAUGACACCCCAACGGCCCACAAGUUCUAUUCAAACCUAACGGGCCUGGUCUUGAAUGAGGCCGACAUAGUCCCGCUCCACGUGGACGAGAACAUGUUCAUAACCUUCGGGCUGGGCCUCGUACCCUGCGAUUUGAAGAAUGCCACGUGUCAGGGACCCAAUGGGAUGAAAUUUGCAGCGAGCAUGAACAACGUGUCAUUCCAGCUGCCGUCCACGUUGUCAAUGCUGCAGGCGCACUUUUUCGACAUACAGGGUAUUUACACCGAUGAUUUUCCGUCCAACCCACCGCUCGUCUUUGACUACACGAACUCGAAUCAGAGCGCGUUGGUGUCGACUACCGUCAAGGAUACACGUGCGAAGAAGCUGGCGUACAACUCGACGGUGGAGAUAGUUCUGCAGAACACGGCGAUCGUGGCGAUUGAGAACCACCCCAUCCAUCUGCACGGGUUCAAUUUCUUCGUGCUCGCGCAGGGGUUCGGGAAUUUCGACCGUGCGCGGGACCAGGAAAAGUUCAAUUUGGUGAACCCGCAGAAGCGGAACACCAUAGCCGUGCCCGUCGGUGGAUGGGCUGUCAUCAGAUUCCGGGCCGAUAAUCCAGGUGUAUGGCUGAUGCACUGCCACCUCGACGUCCACCUUCCGUGGGGCCUAGCUACCACUUUUGAGGUGGAGAAUGGGCCCACACCUUCAUCCACUCUCCCUCCACCUCCCAUAGAUCUCCCUCGCUGUUGAUUUUUU